AUGCCGGCGUUCACCGGCCGGAUCGCCGUCCCGCUAGGGCCGUUAACGACAACAUGGACGAUGCCAGAGUUUUGCAGCAUCCAUGUGCUCGGCUGCACGACAUGUAGUAAAGGCUACCGGGGGCAGCAAUGCUUGGUGGAAAAUGGAACUACUGCUCCCCAAGACCAUACCACCUGCUGGCCGCCUAUGACCGCGAGGGCUGGGUCGCCAACCCACCCCUUUGUUGGGUUGGGCUUGUACUCCCCGGGGCUUGUGUGUCCCAUGGGGUAUACCACAGCCUGCACGGCAGAGUAUGGCGGGAGGUCUGGUUGGGAGAUGCAGUUUAGUCUGAUUCCCGGGGAGACUGCGGUUGGGUGUUGCCCUGAGGGCUUUAAGUGUUCGAAUAUCUUUGGCAACACCUGCAUCGCUGUGGAGACGAACCUAGUUGCCACCACGGCGCUGUGCUCCGGCACGCAAAUGGUCGACAUAAACCAGGUUACCAUCCCUCUUUCCGUUGAUGUCACGACGACCAUUAUCGAUACUGCCGCCGAGAACACGAUGGUGACAAAUAGCCUGAGCCGUGUCUCGAUGAUGGCCCCCAUGUUCCAGCUGAACUACAAGGCCUCCGAUGUACAAACCGCGCCAACCUCGACGGCAUCUUCCCAGCCGACACGCCCGACAACGGGAACGGGACCUCGGCCAACCCAUACCGAGGGCGGGGGUUCGGUCGGGGGCUCGGGCGGGCUUUCCGCGGGCGCGAUUGCCGGUAUCGCCGUGGGAGCGGUACUUGGUGGGAUUCUCCUAGGCGCACUAGCGAUUCUGUUCUUCAUACGACACAGAAAACAAGCGGGACAGGCGCAGGCAGAACAGCAACAAGGAACCCAAAACACAGGCGAGCCACCAUCCGGAUAUUACUAUGGCGCUUCCGUCCCUGGCCACGCAACCGGCCACAAGUUCGGCGAGAUGGAUGCAGGGUUUGCUGCGAGCGAGAUGUCUGGGGGGUACGUCAAGCUAGAUCAUUAUCACGGCGGUUCCCAUCCGGACGGGACUCCGUGGACAGAGCUGUCGUCGCUCCGUGAACCUGGCGAGCUCCCUGGGGAGACCGGUCAAGCAGGCCACGAAUGGAGCAGUAAUCCACACUUCACGAGGCCUCGUUAA